GUUAAGCUCUACAAAGGGCCGUUUCAUCGGGACAACCUGUCGUUGUGCCUGACCGUUUUUUGUUCCGUCGAUUCUUCUCGGCACACGCGGGGACUUACGACGACAACCUUUUCAGUCUCAGCCGUGCCCGGGGCUUUUGUCUUCCUCCCUCUUUCUCUCUGGCGUCAUGUCCAAUACGGCGGACGACACGAGCGCCUCGUCGGCCAAGCGGACCGACAACGGCGUUCGACUUCGGGGAUCAUCCUCGGCGAGUCUUCAGACGCCAGACCAGACCGCCACCACCGCGGACAGCAACAUGCUGACGGUGGACUUUUCGACUCCCCUCGCGGGCCCUGCUCGCGCCGCCAAACUCCGCCAGAUGGCCGAGAAGCACCCCGCGUUUGAAAAUUGCCAGCGAAUCCAGCAGAUUCUCGCGGCCGUGCAAAAGGCCAUUGUGAGCUCCGCGCCGGCGGGCGUGGAGCCGGCCGCGCUGGCCGCGCAGAUCGGCGAGGUCGGCACGCUCGUCAACCAGGAGACGGCGCAGCUCGUCGAGGCGGUGGUGACCUUGAGCCUGGACCAGGAAGACACGGACAAGGCCAUCGCGCGCAUCAGCAUCGCGGCCAACCUCGCGGGGGCCAAGACAGACGAUCAAGCGCAGACCAUCAGCCAGCUGACGGCGGAGCUCGCGGCGGAGAAGAACAAGUGCGAGCAGGCCGAGGCCGGCGCCAAGGAGACGGGGGCGGUGCUCGAGGAGCUCAUGACGGAGGUCAAGGCCCUCAAGGAGACGAUGAGAACUGCCUGGCAGACUGGCCCGUCGCAGGCUGAGCUGAUCAAGGUGAGGCAGCCGGGUGGCAGCUCCAGUGCCUACAACAACAAUCACAACGCUCUUGGGACUCACAUGAAAACACAGACUCUGGCGUCGUGCAUCGAUGCCAUCGAAAGAAGGCUCUUUUCAAAGACUCCCACGCGGACCGAGGAGACGAGCAACGCAUCCCUCGCCAGCUCCAUGUUCUCUCCAGCGUCUGCCCGGACUGCAUGGACUCAGAGAACCACGUCCCCUAUCAAGGAGGAAGAGGACGAUUCCACGGCCGGCGCCUUCGAGAGCCAGACCCAAGGCCUGGGACUGGGCAGUCGCUCGACCUUUGGCGACCUUCCGCUCCGGCCGGCCACGGCGUUUCAGCCCAUGGCUCGCUCGCCCCCGGUUCACGCGCCGCCUAGGUUCGGAGCCGCCCCCUAUCAGCAGCCUCAACAAGUGAUGCCCCCGCGUGGCCCUUCGGCGUUCUCCCAGGAGCGCCGCUUGGCCCCCUGGACCAUGGGACAACAAGUCUACCGCGCCGUCUCGGGCGGCGGCGGCAUCAACACGAGCAGCAGCAACGUGGGCGGCUCGUCGUUUUCGCCUCCCACCAGGCCCGGAACCGGCAACUUCCAGCCGCUCCCGCGAUACCGCCCUACAGCGCCCGAGUUCUACCCCUCGACGGGCUUCGCCGCGGCUCAGUCUCAGUCUCAGCCUCAGCCUCAGGCCCAGGGUGCGGCCAUCGCUCGGCCUGGCAGCGCGUUUGGCCACCGCUCGCAGUUCCAGGCCAUGACACCUACGUCUGCAGGACGCGGCGGCGGCGGCAACCGAUACGGCCGCGCGUCGGAGAGCAUCAUGCCCUCUGCAAAGGCCGAGUCCCCGGCCGAGUCGUUUGCCCCCGUGUCACGCGGCAACCGCAGCCCUUCGGCGCCCAUCCAGCUGACGCCGCAGAUGGUGACGGCGUGGAACGAGGACAUCAUGGACUUUUACGCCAAGAUCCGCACGUUUGUCGAGCGCCACGCCUCGGACGCGGAGCGCGGUCCCAUCGCGCAACUGGCAGGGACGAGCCUCUGGCACACGCUGCUGACCACGUACCGCCCGCUGUCCGACUCGGAGGCAGCGUCGUACCUCGAGUUCCACCUGCGCAACGAAAACUCCAAGGCGUGCGUCGUGACGCGCCUCGUCAUCGACUACGUCGUCAACCGCGUGUGGGUGCCGGGCGCGUGGGCCGGGUCGGACAGCAAGACGACGUGCGAGCUGAUGGAGCUGAGCCACGAGCUUGAGGCCACGGCAGGUCAGCCAUCGGCGACGCGCCAGCCCCUGCUCAACCGGCAGGCGGUCCUCAUCGGGCAGGUUCUCAGGAACGAACAAGGCACGUCGUGCCACCAGUCGCGCGUCUCGGAGACGACGCGCUCGCUGUACGCGUCGCUGCAGCCGCUCAUGAACCACAAGGGCAACAGCAACAUCAGCGGCGGCGGCGGCGGUAAUGGCGGCGGUAUCAGCAACACCAACACCAAGACGGCGGCCAUGGCGGCGGCAGCAGCAGCAGCGGUGGCGGCGGAGGAGGCGCGCCGCGACCUCGCCGCAGUGGCCGAGUCGGCGUGGGACCUGUCGGCCAAGAUCCUGACGAGCCGUCUGACGUUUGACUUUCGGUUCCCCGAGAUCAGCAGCCGCUUCUUGUCGCAGAGCAUGCUGCCCAUCUGGCCGCACACGGACCCGGCGGAGCUGCAGGCGCAGCACUUCCGCGUCGCGCUCGUCACGACGCCCAUCAUCACGUGCCGCAACGACACGGGCGCGGGCAUCUCGGCGCACUCUAUCGCGCUGGCGGACGUGUUUUGUAUGCAGUAGGCGUUGGGGGGUGGCCUAUGUGUGCGUCGGAGAGGAACAGAACGGCUUGCUCUGCCGGGCCCCCGGCCGGAGUCGAGUUGGUGGCGGAGCUCGAUGGCGGGCUUUGCCUUGUUUCGUCGAUGCGCCUCCCUCUUUCUACUUCUUCUUCCUUUUCCUUUUCGUGUGUGCCUUUGCUUGGACACGCAUGGCAUUUGGAGAGCAGACAGCCACCCAGGGGGUGGGUGAGUGAGCCUUGGAGCAGCUGCUUUCAGGUUCGAGAUGAGGAGUCACGCCCAGGCAGGGGAGAGGAGGCCGUGGACUCUUGACUCUGGUGAUCUCUACUUCCUCCCUCCAUUUCUCUUUCUUUUUUCUUUGGUAUUCGGGCCGCAUGUCCCGAAGCAGAAACACUCGAUGCCACGACAAGGCAUACGCGUGCGCAUCACCAUCGAACAUACUAUAUAACAACAACACAGACAUAUAGGUAGGAGCCUUUUCGACUCCAGUCCCAUCGGCAAACCACUAUACUUUUUUCUCUUUUUUUGCAACUGGGGCCAGCAGGCUACCCACGCAGCCUGGCCGCGGCGCUAUUAAUCAGGGGCACAUGCAGGCAGCCGUCCUUGCCUGCAGCGCAUGUUGCGUAGGCGUCGGGCUGGACAUGGACGGAUGGAGGGCGUGAGAGGAAAGAGCGGAAGAAAUGAGCGCGGUACUGAGGGCAGAGAGUCGAGGUUCUUCGAGGAAGCUUGCGCGAAACCUCGUGCGGUCCGGUUCUCGACGAUAAGUCUCACGCAGUGAGGCGGGAAUGGGAUUUGUGUGCUCGGUCUUUCAGAGUGCCUGCAGAGACGGACACGGGCAGAGACGUCACCAAAGACGCGAAAGGUAGCUGCGACUUGAGGAGCUUUUUACCAGGUCGACAGAAUAAUAUUGAUCAGUAC